GGGCGAGUUCGGGCGGCGCGGAGAGAGAGGACGCAGCGCACGGGGCUGCGCCCGCCUGUGCCCCGCUCGGCGCCCGGCAGCGCUCCGCCGCCCGCUGCCUCCGUCGUUUUGGUUUUGUUUUUUUCGUUUUUUUUUGUCGGCUUUCCGCUUUUUCUUUUUUUUUCUUUUUUUUUUCCUUUUUCUAUUUUUCCCCCCUUCUUCUUCUCCCGCUGCGGACUCUCCCCCGGCUGCGGGAGGCGCGAGGCAGAGCCCGAGAGGUCGGCACGGAGCAGGGGGCGGGGAGACGGCGAGGGAGCGGCGGCCGCGGCGCGGGAAGGCGGGGACGCGGCUCCCCCGGGCCGGCCUCGGACCAUGUACCAGGACUAUCCCGGGAGCUUCGACACCUCCUCCAGAGGCAGCAGCGGCUCCCCGGGACACCCCGAGCCCUACUCCGCCGGCGCAGCCCAGCAGAAAUUCCGAGUAGAUAUGCCAGGAUCAGGCAGUGCUUUUAUUCCCACGAUCAACGCCAUCACAACCAGCCAAGACCUGCAGUGGAUGGUGCAGCCCACCGUCAUCACCUCCAUGUCCAGCCCGUACUCUCGCUCGCACCCCUACAGCCACCCACUGCCGCCGCUGUCCUCGGUGGCCGGACACACGGCCCUUCAGCGACCGGGCGUGAUCAAAACCAUCGGCACCACAGUGGGACGGAGACGAAGGGAUGAGCAGCUGUCGCCUGAGGAAGAAGAGAAGCGAAGGAUCCGGAGAGAGAGGAACAAGCUGGCAGCUGCUAAAUGUCGUAACAGGCGCCGAGAGCUAACAGAGAAACUCCAGGCGGAAACUGAGGUGCUGGAGGAGGAAAAGUCAGUGCUUCAAAAAGAGAUUGCUGAGCUCCAGAAGGAGAAGGAGAAACUAGAGUUCAUGCUGGUUGCUCACAGCCCUGUGUGUAAAAUCAGCCCUGAGGAACGUCGGAGCCCACCAACCAGCAGCCUCCAGAGCGUUCGGACUGGAGCGAGCGGAGCAGUGGUGGUGAAGCAGGAGCCUGUGGAGGAAGAGAUCCCAUCUUCCUCUUUGGUCCUUGACAAAGCUCAGAGGUCUGUCAUUAAGCCCAUCAGCAUUGCUGGAGGUUAUUAUGGGGAGGAGGCACUCAACACUCCCAUCGUGGUGACCUCGACACCAGCCAUCACUCCUGGUUCCUCCAACUUGGUGUUCACCUACCCCAAUGUCUUGGAUCAGGAGUCUCCUCUCUCCCCGUCCGAGUCCUGCUCCAAAGCUCACCGGAGGAGCAGCAGCAGCGGUGACCAGUCCUCGGAUUCCUUGAACUCUCCCACCUUGCUGGCAUUGUAAUCCCCUGAGGCCCCCCCAUUGCCAGUGUGUUACAUCCCCCGCCCGGCUCCAUGGGGAGACCCCUCCAUGGGAUUAGAGACAGGCACAGGAUCGUUCAAGCACAAGGGCAGCAAGAACAAGAAUGGGGAAAUGCUGCAGCUCCAGGAAAGAGAGUGAGGACCAAUGCCAGCUCCCUGGAGGCAGGAAAUGGCAAGGGUGGGACUGAUGCACCAGGACUGAUUGGAGAGGGCAAUGUCUCCUCUGUAGGGUCUGCCGAUGGAAACCUCGUCUCGGCACCAUAGUGGACUUGGGGAGCACUCCUGGCCAGGACUGAAGGCGAGCUGCAGACAGUUGCUAGCCAUCCCUUUCCUUUGUGAAUUGAUCUGAUCGGUUAUGCUCUGUGCUUAGAUCUUUCUGGUUAGAUACCUUACAACUUCUUCUUCCCCCCCUCCCCCCUCUCUCUCUGCCUAUCAUUUCCAAUGUUGUCGAUCCUAUGACAUUUCAUCCAGUUGCUCUGAACUCUAAAGGCUUGUUAGGAUCUUUCUUGGGACAGGCUGUGGGAAACAUGCACGGUUGCCUAUAGCUGGGAAGGGGAUGCCUGGGAGCUGGUUGGGGGGGUGGGGGGGACCAAGAGGAGCCCAAGGGCUCAGUGGCAAGGGCAGAGCUCAUUACCUGCGACACAGACCCAGUGAACGGAGAGAACAGGAGGCUCAUGUGGAGGAUUUUCUUUUUCUUAAUGAGUAGAUAUGUUUAUCUCCUUGGGCUCCUCAAAAGCCAAGUUAGCAUCUCAGGGCUGAAGUGGCAUCAGAAAAGCUGCUGAGCUGGCACUUAGCAGUGUCUUUGGCAGGAUUUUAGCCACAGUUUGGUAAUACCAAAUCUGCUGCUGGACUUGUUUACUUCUCCUGGGCUGCCCAUUCCUAGGGAGUGUUGCAUCUUCCUUCCCAUCAGGGCCCCUGACUCAGAUGCUGAUCUCUUCCUGUUAGUAAAAUUGUCCCCACUCCUUCGUAAUAUUUGCAGAACAUACUACCAAAAGAAGUGGCACUGUGGAGACUGGCAGUGGUUAGGAGGGCGAAGGGACCUUGUGCCCUUGAUGACUUUCCUUGUUGGGAAACACGGCGGCACGCUUCCACAAAGUUGAUACUUGCUGGUGGAGUUUUCUCAGAGCUUCUCAGUUUCCAAGGCUGGAGGAAGGCAGGAGUCCAGCCUCCAGCACAGCACGGGCCUUGAGACGUUCCUGACCAGGCAGCAGUGGUGUAGCUGAAGUUCUAGUAACAUCUGGUAUGACUGACAAGUUGACAUUGGAGGAAAACCAGUUACCAUUUUUUGCACCUUGGUCUCUGGCCUCUGUAGCUUUUUUUGUAUUUGCAGUGUAGUUGAUCUGGUUUUGCUGGGAUUGACUGGCCUAUAGAUCAAAAGCAAAUCAGAGGGCUCUUCCACCAGCGCUGGGUCUCUGUCUUCUCCAGCGUGUGGGCUUGGCUUCUAGUACUAAGUGCUCACAGAGGGCACAAGUGCUGAUGUUCACUGCUGAGAACAGUAAUGUGUGAAACUAUUCCUGCUUGGAGCCAAGCUCUGUUCCCGUAGGUGUCAGUGCACUGGUGAACCAUGACCUUGUGAACGUGAGGAUAGCUCAGCUUGCCAGCUAAGCUGCUUAGAGGAUAGCUCUUCAGUCCAGCCUGUUGAAGCUGUGAUGGCAGCUUUUUAUUGUGAGAUUUUCUUUGUUUUUAUUGUCUCUAAAUUGGCUGAAACUUGGGAAUUUCUUGGUCAGGCUGGACCUGGAGAAAUGCAAAAUGCAAUGACAGGGUCAGUGCUGUGAGAUGCUGAACUGCUGCAGCUCCUGCCAACUCCACUGGGAAUUAAUAGGCCCAGUCUUGUGCAGCCAGACCGUUCCUCAGGUGGUCUGGAUUCCCUCAAACUCUGGUCACUGCCUAUUCCUUUAAUCAUUUCAAAGGGACACUAUUUGGCUGUUGUUUGUUUUUGUUUUUUUAAUUAUUAUUAUUAUUUUAAACCGAGGUAUUUGCAGCCAGCAAUAGAAAGAUGAGUGAUCUUUUCCCUUUGUGAAACUGAUUCAGUAAUGCAGGUUUUUCCUUUAUUGCUUAAACAUUUCCAUCAUUAUGCUAGUGCUAGAAGUUUCAAAUUGAGCUUUUACAAUAACUGAAGUUGAUAAAGGAAUUCUUCUCCCCUCACAUGAUCAUCAAAAUUUCUUCUUUUUGUUUUUAAUAAAGUAGAGGCUUUCUGAAAAAAUCCUUAGGUGUGGGGAUUGAGUGCAGGGAAGGCCACAUCUGCCAGCCUACAAAUGCCAUUGCAGCAACCAGAAAUGUUUGUUUUCACAUUCGACACAGUCCUCUGUGAUAGCCCCAGAUUGGUCUCUACAAGUUACCUGAGUGGGUUUUUUUGUUUGUUUGUUUGUUUUUCCCUAAAUGGACAGUUCUCAGGCUAGACGGGAAGGUUCCUGUCAGGGACUCACCACUCAUCCAUACUCGCUCCCCAUCCCCAUGGGAGAGGCAUGUAUCCCAAGGAAGUCAGCAAUUCCUACCUUAGCUUUUGCUCACUGAAUUGUUGCCAGAAGGAGCUGCAGCUGGCCUUUGCCCACUGCAUGUUGACCUGUCAUUGAUCUUCUCAGAGGUAGGACGGGAAAAUCCCCUUUUCUGUCCUGUGAUACUGGUGGGGAGCGAUUUGAAACUGCCCAGAAAAGAGAAUCACUUUCUGCUACUUGAAAGAGCCCUGAAUACCUUGUGCCUGCCUGUUCUCUCCCUCAAACCUCUUAGAGGAUGUCUGUGUUGGGAUUGCUGGUCUUCUGCCUUUCGUAUUUAGUGGAUCAGCAUUACCUUUGUUUAGUUGCUGGCAGACAGGUACAGCUUGAAGUCUCCUGCUGUUUUGGUCUGGCCCUGGGUAAUUCUUUACAGGUUUACUGGUGUGCUUUUGGGAAUUGAAUGUCUUCCCCACUCCACAAACGGUAUUGAAGGAAGGCCUUGAGUACCUUCCCCAGUGAUUCCUAAACAUACAGUGUCUCCAUGUUCUCCUGCACGUACUGGAGAUGUUGGGUCAGUUUCUGAGCAGAAGUUGUUGAAGUUGAUAGAAAAAGACCCUGGGAAUUUCAGCUGGUAUUGAACUGACCCCCUAAUGACUGGCCCAGUGAAACAUCCAGCAGCAUCUGAAGUUGCCCAACUGGGAGUGGCGGUAGCAGCUGCUUGAAGGAGACACUCAGCUUCUAGGUGAUGUUCAGCAUUCCAGUUUUGCCCUCGUUCCUCCUUCCUCCCUUCCCGGUUGUGGCACUGCCUUCAACCAUUCCUUUCUCAUAGGUGUGGAGACGGGGUUAGUCUCAAACUGCUUGUGGUGUGAUGGUAUUUGGGACCAACCUGCUGGGGACAGUAGCUCUCUGUUGUGUUUUUAUAAUUAUUAUUUAAGUGAUCUAUUUAGUUCAUCUGAACCUUUAAUUUUGCUGCUUACUGUAUGUAGGAUCCACCUGGCCUUUAUCCUAAAUGAAAAGAAAACAAAAACAAACCUAAGACACCCCUCUCCUCCCUGGUAUCUUAUUAUUUAUUGGCAGGCAGCCGUUCUGUGCCUGCUCCAGCAGAUCUGCCCGCCAUUAAUUUAACAUCCUCCCAACCUGCAUUCCUGGUGUUUGGUUGUUGCUUUUCUGCUUUUUUGUUGUUGAUUUUUUUUUUUUUUCCAUUCCAAGAAAGACUUCUGAAAUGUAAGAAAUCUUAUGGUUAUGACACUUAGAAGUUCAUUUUCAUUAGGAAGGCCAAGUCAAACAUUUUAAGAGGUGGGGGGAACAAUCUACGUUUUAUUUCUUAUUUAUUUAUCAUGUUUACAUCUUUUUUUUUCUUGUUCAAGACUUGGAUAUAAUAAAGAAAGCAUUAAAAAUAUUCCAAUUUUCUUCUUUUUUUAGGCUUUUUUUUUUUUGAUUCUUUAAAUAAAAGAUUCUGGGUUUUGCUCUCUGUAUAAAAUGUAAAAAGAGAUGUUUCUAAAGAUGCAUUAUCAUUCCUCUGUGAACAGUAGGUGGAGUUGAGGAGAAAUCUCAGAAUGCAAGAUAAUAAUAAAGUUCCAUCCUGUUUUACUUAAUUGUUCCCCUUCUAUCCUGUAUGAUUAAAGGGUUAUUCCACUUUCUUGUUUGUGGUUACUUGAUAUUAAAACCAUAUUAAAAUGUGUAGAAAAUAAGUAUCCAAUUGUUUUUGCUCAGUGAGAGGAUAAAAUGUUGUAUAUAUCUUGAUAUACUGUGUAGUUCAAAGUAACAUCAAUAAGGGAUAGUGCAUCUUUAUUAGAGCGAUAAGUUACUAGUGUCACUAAAGUCUACUUUAAGAUCCUCAGACAUAAACAGGGCCUGAUUCUGGUUCCACUUCCCUGUGGAAAUAGAAAGCAUCAGUAGCAUUUUGCUGCUUCAGAGUGGAUGUCAGAGAUGGAAUUGAGCCUCGGCGAUUAACAUGCGACCAUGAGGAUUAUUGAAGGUUUGGGGGCACCAUCAUGUUUUUUUCCUCAAAAGUUUUAGCUCAUGGUUUUUCUUUUUUCUUUUCUUUUUUUUUUUACUUUUUUCUUUUUUUUUGUCUGCAGUGGAAUAGUUUCUGCCAAGGAGGUUCUUAAAGGUGACUACUGAAUUGGGACCCUUCUUUGCUCGUUGUGAUCUUGGUAUCGUUCUUGCAGCCCUGGAGAAUCUCAGCUCUGAUCUCUCUGGUGUUGUCUCUUCUCUGUUCUUGUUACUUUACUGUAAUACAGGCCUACAGUAUUUGCACUAAAACAAAAAGCUUGUUAGAGAAAGCUUGCUGCUAUGGAAGAAAGAACAUAUUAAAAUGGUUUUGCUUUUACAAUUUUAACUGAGUAGCAUUUUGUAGAAUAAAAUCAAUUUAGACUGAAAAGAAAAAUGACUUUUCUUUUUUCCUCUGCACUCCCUCCCCCAUUCUCCUUUCUUUCCUUCCUGUUACUUGGUGUGAUGGUUCCCCCCCUUCUCCUUUGGUGCUCAGUUGUAAUGAUUGGCUGUAUUGUUGACUAUGCUGCUGAGAGUUAUGACACUUGUAAAUCUUGUUUUAAUGACAUUGUGGACACUUUUGUAUAGCAAGAGCUAACUGGAGUUCUUCUCUCUCUGUUAAUUGAAGUCAUUAAAAAGCUCCCUUUGCCAUGAACAAUUAAAA